AUGCCGAUCCUGCCCAACUCGGGUGGUGGAUUCCUGGGAUUAUUCAAUGCAAGCAUGGCCAGUGAAGGGCCUCGAAACCGGAUUGUCAUGGUCGGGUUCAACACUUACGUGAACCCAGAGUUCGAUCCCCCAGUGCAUCACAUUGGAAUCAAUAAGAACGGGCUCUCAUCGGUUGUUUAUAUUGGCUGGGAUCCCAGCCGCACAAAUGGCGACCGAUGUUCCGGUGGUCUACAAUUCCACGAGCAAGAACCUCGAGUGUCCCGGUCAUUUGAGGACAAACGGGCUUUCCAGAUAAGGGCCAUUCCUCACUUUCUUGCUAAAUUGAUCUUGCGAGUGUCCUUCCCGAAUCAGUUGGGAUCGGGUUUUCAGCUUCAUUUUGGCUUUUAUGUGGAGAGACACAUAAUCAAUUCAUGGGAAUUCACUUCAGAUUUGGACGUGGUAGAUCCGCCACCAUUGAUGGAUAAAUCGGCGCCGAAGAUAAUUGACAAGUACGAUUUGCAUGCCCUCACCGACAUCGCCAAGGAGAUCGGUGCAUUGCCUGCGUAG